AUGUCUAUUCAAGCAAGUGCUGUUACAUAUACUAAGGCAGGCCCAGACUUGGCCAAGGUGUUGACUAAUACCAAGUUCGAUAUUGAUUUAAGCAAGAUCAAGCCAACCCAGGUGGUGGUGAAGGCAUUGGGGACUCCGAUAAAUCCAUCGGACGUAGUUCAAGUAUUGGGAGUCUACCCAUCACCACCUAAAUUUCAGCAAUUGGGUAAUGAUUCUGAUGUGAAGUACGCCAUAGGUGGGAACGAAGGGGUUUUCAAGGUUGUUGCUGUUGGUAAUGAUGUUGCUGAUUAUAAAGUUGGAGAUUGGGUGAUUCCUAAGUUGCCUAGUUUUGGAACUUGGAGAACCCAUGCAAUUGCUGAUGUUACUGAGGAUCCAUUCAUUAAAGUAUCAAGUGACGAUGAUUCUGCGAUUGAUUUGAAUGAAGCUGCCACCAUUUCAAUCAAUCCAAGUACUGCUUUUCAAUUAAUAGAAACUUAUAAUGAUUGGAAACAAGGAGAUUGGAUCAUAGCUAAUGCAGGAAACUCCCAAGUUAAUCAAUACCUUAUUCAAAUUGCGAAAAUUUACAGUAUCAACACUAUCUUAAUUAUCAGAUCGGGUAAACAAAAUGAAACAGAAUUGAAAAAUGAAUUGAAAAAAUUAGGUGCUACCUUAGUUUUCAAUGACGAAGAGAUUAAAGCACCAAAUUUUAUCAAAGAAUUACCGGAAUUAACCUCAAAUGGUAAUGUGAGGUUGGCCCUCAAUAGUGUUGGGGAUGAAACGGUGGCCAUAUUAAUCGAUGCUUUGUCUCAAGAUGGUACCUUGAUCACUUAUGGAGCUUCUGGUGGUAAUAAGAAAAUCUCCUAUGAUUCAACCGCUCAGUUAUUUAAAAACAUCACCACUAAAGCUUACUGGUUGACUAAAAAUACCAAGGCAAACCCUCAACUGAAAGUUGACACCAUUAACAAGUUAUUAAAACUUUAUCAAAACAAGGUUAUUCAAUCCCCAACUUUCAAUAAAGCCAAGUUCGACCAAUCUCAAGACUUGGCACAACUUGUAUUGCAUAGUAUCAGUUCUACGACUGGGAAACAAGUGAUUGUAUAUGAAUAA